GUAAGGCUUAAAAUGGGCAGGCGUGGUCUCUAACUGCACCGAAACCUACUUUCACGUACUCCAUAAAUAAGCAUUAGAUUAUUUGUGCACUCCAGAGGAAAAUGUUUACAAGAUAGACUUCACCAGGUUCAAAAUCCGGGACAUGGAGUCUGGCACGGUGUUGUUUGAAAUCACCAAACCACCGGCUUCAGAACGUGAACACAAUGACAAGAAGGACGUUGACCCCAAUGCCGGACGGUUUGUACGCUACCAGUUUACCCCAGCUUUUCUUAGACUUCGGCAAGUGGGAGCCACGGUGGAGUUCACAGUAGGGGACAAACCCAUUAAUAACUUCCGCAUGAUCGAGAGGCAUUACUUCCGGGACCAGUUGCUCAAGAGUUUUGAUUUUGAAUUUGGGUUCUGCAUCCCCAGCAGUAAAAAUACGUGUGAGCACAUCUACGAAUUCCCACAGCUCUCGGAGGAUCUCAUUCGGGAGAUGAUCCUUCAUCCAUACGAGACACAGUCGGACAGUUUCUACUUUGUAGACAACAAGCUAGUGAUGCACAACAAGGCAGAUUAUUCAUACAGUGGAGGACCUUGAGCACAGGAGGGACAGCCGGCCUGCGCUGGCCUUCCCUUUCCUAUAGAAGUUGUCAGGGAUAACACCACCUUCAGUUCAGUUGCCCGCAGCGUCAACUGAACAAGGAUCCACUAACCAAGGACUCUUUGCCACAGUAGGAGUUUCAUGACUAAAUUUGCCAGUCUCAUCUUUGUUGAGCUUUGAAGCAGACCCGGUUCUUCAGAACUUUAAACAGUUCUACAAUGCUAAAUGAUCUUUGGAAACCACUGCCCUAAGUUCUUUAAGUGUCUGCUUUGGAAAUGGCCUUGUGGGUCCUGGGGAAUUUUGCCCUAAUUCUGUGCGUUUGUGUUCCUGCCCUCAAGUAUCUUUUAGGAGGUGAUGGCGUUCUCAAAGAAUGUAAUCUGAGAAACCGUGUGAGCGGAUGGAUGCAAACGCAGAGUUGUGUCUAUUUGUUUCUAUCUGUGAAUGCUUCAAAGGCACGGUCAGUUUAACUUUUACAGCCAGUUAAAAAUGUUCAGCAUAACAUCUUACAAUGGCAAAAAUUUCAUCCUUAGAUUAUUUCUCUAACUAGGUAUCUCAUCCUUUUCUCUUUUUUUAAUUCCUUCUACGUAAUAUUCUGUUUAAUCUUGGAAACGAUGAAACUUGGAAUGAAGAUGAGUAGUUCAAUGACAGACAUGUUUAUAGUCAAGUGCUGUCUUUUUACAUUUCAGAUGGAGGCAAAAUAGCAUUGAAGGUCUACAAACCGUCAUAAGCAUUCUCAAUUUAUUUAAGUGUUUGCAAAUAGAAAGCAGAAUAAUCAGGAAAAAAUGAAGGAUUUUAGGUUAGGCUUACAUUAAUACGUAGUUAACAUUCAGCCUAUUCAUGGUAUAGGUUUUCCAUGUCUGUCUGUUUUUUUUUCUCUGCUCAAUACUAGGAUAAGGGCUUCAGCAUUACUUGUUAGAGCAACACUUUCAUUUGUGUCAGGCAAUCAGUGUGUGGAAUUUCCAAUUUCAUGUUUGUAUCUGCAUUUGAAGAAUGUUAUGAUAGUGUUUUCCCCUUUGUUAAAAAAUGUUUUGCAUUUGAUAUUAAUACUCCUGAAACGGUGAGUCUGAUAACGUAGGACUUUAAGGCACAACACAGAUUUAUCAAGCGCUCGCUCUUCAGUCUCUGUGGGAAGUUUAAGAACCAUUUUGCACAAGUUUCUCAGAAUGUGUUUCUUAGAAGGAUAGGAGUGCAAAGAAGUAGCAACAUCAAAAGAACAAAUUAGCAUAGGCAAAACAAAAUAAAACAAAAAUUCGAGAUGGUUGUGUGCAGUAAAAACAUUUCAUCUUUUAUUUUGCCUAAGUAGCCUGUUGUCAUGAAACCCUUACUCUAGAGCUCAGUUCACUGAUAAUAAUACUAAUAAUUGGCAGUUGCAGUUUGUAGAUAUUUCUAUAAAUACUUGAUGUCUCCAUGUUUAAUUCUGUGAGUUUCAGUGGAACAUUAUGUGUUAGCCUCAGAUAGGUGUGAUUGUAGUAAUUUUUAUAAAAUACCAUUUCCAGUUGUGAUCAACACCUUCCAGUAACAGCCUAAGUCAAACAGGAAAACUACAAAUGGUUCCAAAUGUAGCCUGUCUAAGAAUCUGUCCAAGAGCAGGGAGGUUUUGUGCUAUUAUUGGGGUUGUGAUUACUAUUAAAUGUGUUACCAUUUGUAUUGGGCUUGGCUUUCUUUACUUCUGAAAGUUGAUCAGUUUUCUAAAGAAAAUAUGGUGAGUUUAGGCUACAGCACAGAAUUUGUUAUUAAGAUUGAUAGCUAAUAAAGUAUGUGGAGUUCACUGAUUUUACACAACUGGUAUCUUGCAGUAAUUAUUAUCAUGAUGAGACUUAUAUUCAAGAUAUCACUGUUUUUGUCUGUAAUGUAUUAAACCAUAAAAUUAGCCUAUGGCUGACUUACCUGUUUGAGAGUUACAAAGAAUUUCCUCAUUAUUUUUAUAAUGCUUUGAGCUACUGAUCACAAAGUUUUGUAGCACAAUAAUUCCUAAAGGUGAAAAUAGUCUACAAAAAGUCUACCCCACCACCCCAUUUUUUGUACCAGGGCUAUUAAACUAUCUUUAUAUUCAAAAAAAUUUUGCAAAUUCAAGUGUUUGUGAAUUUUGUCGAACUCUUGAAGGAGAAAAUGUAUUGGUUUGAAGACAGAAGAGUGUGUUUAUUUAUAACUAUACACUUUUCAGUUAGUAUCUUUUAAAUCUUAUCUGUUGUUCAUAUUAAUCACAUCUGUGCAUAAGAGUUUUAAGGGACUUCCAGCAAUGGUGCUUGCCCAGAGUUGCUAGUCAUACAUUUCAAACAGCUCUAUCAUCUCAGUAUAUUGCUGUGAGAGUGUCAAUUGAACUUCUAUGCAGACUUGUGUCAGUCUUGGGUUAUAUUGAGUAUCCUCUCUGUAUAUGAAUAUUGAAUAUGAACAUUGUUCAUAUGAACAAAUAUUGUUUGCUGAACUGAAAUAAUCAUAUUCUGCUCCUUUUUUAUGCUACCUCCUUUUAAGACUUUAGAUUAAAAACAAAAAGUAAUACUGUAAGAAAUAUUACUGCAAUCAACCAAAACUUGAAAGGCAGACGUGUCCCUACAAAAACAUAGGAAAAAGAAGCUGAAGAAAGUUAUCCUGUUCUCAAAAGUGUAAUAUGUAAUAUAUCUAGGCUUCCUGACUAGAUAUUAUUUUGUGUUUUUAAUACUAAUCUCUAUUGGGCUUACUUUGCAAGUUUACCUACAAAAUCACAAAAUUCUCUCUCUAAAAAUUUUUUGUUGUAUUUUUCUUUGUUCUCUUUUAAAAACUAUUUUAAUUAUCACUAUACCAAUAAAUCUGUUUUAAUGAGUCCAUCUGCAAAUCUGGGAUCUGGUUUUCUAAAAACAAAAGAAAACAUCAAAAAAAGCAAGAUUAUCUGCUAAUAAUGACUAGUUGUUUUCUCAUCAUAAGACACUAUUGUAUGUAUAUUUUACAUACUGAAUUAAUUUCAGAAAAGAAAGUCUCUACAUGUACUGAUAUUGCCAUAAUUGUAACUCAACAUAACAAAUUAUUUUACUUUCUCAGUCUUAAGUUCCUUUAAACUUUAGGCUUUGCUAAGAAAGGUAACAGGAAAAUAUUUGUAGUUUACUACCAUGCUGCAUGGUCUAAUAAUUCACAAACUUUAGGAGCAGAAAUAGAAUUUAUUUUCAAGAUUAACACACCCAAUAUAAGUAUAGUUUAAAUUGAAGAAACUUUGAUCUCAGAUCAGUGACCAAAACCAAAAACGUUUCUGUGAACGUGUCAGUUAUGUGGUGACACUUACGUAAUUACGGAAUAAUCCACUCUCCCUGACUCAGGAGGAUCUCUCUUUUUUUUUUAAUCUAGAAAGUAUUUUGAAAACCAGGUGCUGAGGCUUAGUUCUUGCUCACAGUCUGUCUACAUCUUGUUUUAUGAGUAGACAGGUCAGGAAGAUAGCUCUGUUUGCCAUCUCUGUCCUCCAUUUGAGUUGCAUUUUAAAAACUUGUGUGGGAGUGUCAAAGUGCAGCUAGUGGCUGGCUGUGUAUGAAACAGAUUGCAGGCUGCCAAGUCCCUUCAUUUUGAUGCAAAUAGACUAUUAAAGUAUAUUGAGAACGUGAUGCAUGUUCACCCAUAAAACCUAGAAUUCAAUCUUUGUGACAAUAAUUAAAAGGAACGCUUAUUCAAGGAAAGAUUAUUUGGGGACUAUUUAAGGUAAUAAAAUGCUAAUACCCAAAUUUCAUACUUACUUUCACACAAGUUACCUUUAGGAAAAAACAAAGGAGAAGGAGGGAGAAAGAGAGCGAGAGCGAGAGUUAAUUUCAGCUAGUUUGAACCAAGAGUUUUAAGGCCAUGAUAAGUUUAAAUGUUUUUUUCUGCUGAGAUUUGAAGUAGCCUGUAGCUUCUGUUAGCAGUUCUUUGCUACAUCCCCAGCACAAGCAUUAGCUAAGUUUACACAAAUGUUUAAUAUUAGUCAGCUAUUAAACCUUAUUGACAGUUCAUAUCAUUUUCUAAACAUGGAAAUGUAUUUCAAGAGUGUGAUACUCCAGGCCUCAAGCGCAGCUCAGUUAUUUUCUACAUCAUGGGACAAUCUGAUUAAGUGGCUGAAAGUGUAUGUUUAUAAAUCUGUUCACAAAACAUUGUAAACUGCCUCCCUCUAAUCACUGUGUUGAUGCCUACUGUGAUGUCUGCUUUUAUCUUAAUGCUACACUGAGAAUACCUGUUUGAAUGUGACAUUGACUUUUUUGCAUAGAAUCAGAAUUGUCUGUAUUAAAAUGUAUUUAUAAAAAAAUAUAUUUUUUGUGGAAGGAAAGUAGGAUUCUAGUUAAUAUACCAUUGGGAAAAUGUUAGAUACAUUUUUAUGAAAUUCAUUUAUAAUUCUUUGUAUCUUGUUAGUUACCUGACUUGUUUCCUGUAAGAACAUCCACUGUGGCCAGUUAGUGGCAAUGCAAUGCGCUGUCAUGCAGAGAAUGUAGUUUUGGGAAAACUAGGAGUUUUUUUUGUUUCCUUUUGGGCCAGUAGGAAACUGAGUAGGUUGCCAGGCGAAAACAGAACCUUGGCACUGAUUCCACUUGUGUGGGCUUGGCUUCAGUAACUAGUAUGACUUGUUUCCAGAUAGAUAAGUAGGGAGAUCAAAGAUUGAGAAUUUAGAAUAAAGAAAAUUAGAUAUUAGUCUUCCUGUAGGAGAAAGAGAGUACUAAAACCAAUUUACACAAGGAAUAAAUAGGGAGUACACUUGCUUAAAAUGAUUUAAUAUUGGCAGUUCAAUCAGAACUCUGCAGAGUAGGGAAUAUGCUUAAGUAUUUACAUUACUUUGGGAAAUGGUUAAAAAAUGUGUCCUUUCAUUAGCAAGUGUUUCUUCUCCUGUAACAAACUGCAAAAUGUAAAAAAAAAUUAAAUAAAUUAUUGAUA